AGUGAGAGGACAGGAGGACGAGGACACCGGGUGGGAGAUGCCGCAGGUGCAGGUGGCCGGUCUGUCCGUGGACUUCCCGUUCACGCCGUACAAAUGUCAGGAGGAUUAUAUGGGCAAAGUGCUCGAGUGUCUGCAGAAGGGUGUGAAUGGAGUUCUGGAGAGUCCCACGGGAACUGGAAAGACUCUUUGCCUGCUGUGUGCCACCCUUGCAUGGCGCCAGCACUUUAAGGAUGGGAUCAGCGCCCGCAAGAUUGCGGAACGCAUGAAUGGAGCCGAACUGUUUCCUGACCGUCCGAUAUCCACCUGGGGGAAUACAGACACCAGUGAUCAGGGCUCAGCUUAUUAUAGUGACAUUCCCAAGAUUAUCUACGCCUCCAGGACCCAUUCUCAGCUGACGCAGGUUAUAAGUGAGCUGAAGCACACGUCCUACAGGCCCAAAGUUUGUGUUCUCGGUUCUAGGGAGCAACUGUGUAUCCACCCCGAGGUGAAGAAGCAGGAGAAUAAUCACGUUAAGGUCCACAUGUGCCGUUCUAAAGUGUCCAACAGGUCCUGUCACUUCUACAAUAAUGUGGAAGAAAAGAGUACAGAGAAGGACUUGACAAGUCACAUCCUGGACAUUGAGGAUCUUGUGAAGAGCGGCACCAAGCAUAGGGCCUGUCCUUACUACCUGUCCAGGAAUCUGAAGCAGCAAGCAGACAUCAUCUUUAUGCCAUAUAACUAUCUUCUGGACCCCAAGAGUCGUCGAGCCCACAAUAUUGAUUUGAAAGGGACGGUUGUCAUAUUUGAUGAAGCUCACAAUGUGGAGCGAAUGUGUGAAGAGUCUGCCUCCUUUGACCUUACACCAUACGACUUGGCUUCUGGCAUUGAUGCCAUCAACAUGGUCCUUGAUGAGCAGACAGAAGCUACAGAACACAAUCUUAUCAGGUCUGAAUUCAAUAUGGAAACCCCGAGCUCUGGUCUAAACAUUGAGAUUGAAGACCUUGCAAAGAUAAAAGGUGCACUCCUAGAGUUGGAGCGUAGUAUUGAUGCUAUAGCACUGCCCUCCAGUGGGAAAGGCCUCACCAAAGAUGGAAGUUACAUAUUUGACCUUUUCGCUUCAGUGGGGAUCACCUAUGACACAAAGUCUCGUCUCCUGGAGUAUCUGGAACAAAUUAUUCAGCAUGUGGGCGGAAAAUCUGGGGUCUUCACGAACACUCUGGGGCUACAGAAGCUGUCUGAUAUUAUCCAGAUCGUGUUUAACGCUGAUGUUCCGGAAGGUACACCUGCUCCUACGUCCACUCAUAAAAGUUCCAAAUAUUAUAAGGUUCACAUUCAUCCUGACACAAGCCAGAGGAAGAAGCCACGUGGGGAUGUUUGGAGUAAUAGCAGAAAGGAUGGAGGGAAGAUUCUGAGUUACUGGUGUUUCAGCCCUGGGUAUACAAUGCACGAUUUAGUGAAACAAGGUGUUAGGAGCAUUAUUCUGACCAGUGGUACCCUGUGUCCUCUCUCCUCCUUUACCAUGGAAAUGCAAAUCCCAUUCCCAGUGUCCUUGGAGAAUCCACAUGUAAUUGAGAAGCAUCAGAUUUGGGUGGGAAUCGUUCCCCGUGGCCCCGAUGGAGCACAGCUCAGUUCGGCAUUUGACAGGCGGUUUACAGAGGAAUAUCUGUCAUCGCUGGGGAAGACAAUUGGGAACAUUGCUCGAGUCGUACCACAUGGACUGCUUGUGUUUUUCCCUUCUUAUCCCGUUUUGGAUAAAAGUCUUGAGUUUUGGAAGGCACAGAAUCUGUCUACACGUAUAGAAGACGUGAAACCUAUGUUUGUGGAACCUCGAGGGAAAGGUUCCUUUAACGAGGUAAUAGAUGCCUAUUAUGAGAAGAUUAAUUGCCCGAAGACUGGAGGUGCCAGCUUCUUUGCUGUGUGCAGGGGAAAGGCUAGUGAAGGGUUGGACUUUGCAGAUUAUAAUGGCCGGGGAGUGAUUAUUACUGGACUUCCAUUCCCCCCACGCAUGGACCCCCGUGUAGUGCUAAAGAUGCAGUUUCUGGACGAGAUGAGGCGUGCUCAAGGAGCCUCUGGAAUGUUCCUUUCUGGGCAGGAGUGGUAUCGACAGCAGGCUUCUCGAGCAGUGAAUCAGGCUAUUGGCAGAGUCAUCCGACACCAGCAGGACUAUGGCGCCAUCUUUCUGUGUGACCAUAGGUUUGGCCACAAUGAUGCCCGUUCUCAGCUCCCCUCCUGGGUACGACCCUAUGUACGAACCUAUGACAAUUUUGGGCACAUCAUACGGGACGUUUCACAAUUUUUCAGAGUUGCACAAAAGAUUAUGCCCCCUCCCACAAUCCGAAGCAAUGAGAAAGGGGGGCAGACCGUUUGUCUCUCCAGCUCUCCCUCUACAUUCAGGUCUUUGCAAAAUGUAUCGGGCGCUCAGGAUAUCUCAAGAAAAGCAAAGAACUUGGACUCGCAUGUCCCCAGCUUGAAAAGGAAGAGAGAGGGAAACCCUGUGGAGCUGACACUCGGCACAGUCUCUGAUUUCUGUGAAGGGUAUGAGCAGGUAGUAGGUACAAAUAGCUGCCGCCCAGCAGGGUUAUUGAACGCCUUGGAUCACACAGAGAGGAGGCAGCAGGAAGAGCCACUUUCAGCAGAGAAGGUCUCGCGGUAUUCCACAAUGUCCUUGCAGCGCGACAAGCGGCUUCUAGAUGAGCAGCAAGGCCUCAAAAAACGGAUAAAGAUUGUGCAAAAUCGGGGUUUAGAAGAGAGCUUUCCACCCAGCCAGAAGGUGAGCAGUGCUUCUUUGUUCAUUAAGUCUGUGAAGGCAUGCCUCAGCCAGUCGAACUAUGACAUUUUCAUGGCCGCAUUGACGGAUUACAAGAAGAAUGAUGAUUUGCAAAGUCUCUUACCUCCGCUCCGUACCCUGUUCUGCCAGGACCCAGUAAAGCAUGGUCUGAUGCAAGGUUUCUACCAGUUUAUUCGACCUCACCACAAAAAGGAAUUUGAUGCUAUCUGCAAGGAGUUGACAGGAAGAAGCUGUGGGUAUAAACCUGAGCACAGUAUCUCUAGGACAGAGAGAGAGAAGGCUCAGCUGGAGGCACCGGCUACCACGACCGUAACAGAACCAAAAAUCACAUUUUCAGAGGGCUCAACCGUACACAUGAACCUUGGCGAAGGACACAUGAGCUCUGUUAUAGAUAAAGAGUCUAGCAGUAACAGUGCAGCGGGCCCCUCUAAGCAGGACGGGAGGAGCCAGGUGUCCGUGUACCUAAACCAGGUGAAGGAAGUACUAGGAGCUGCCAAUUAUCAGCGAUUCUCGACUGCCCUAUCCUCCUACAAGAAAACGGACAACUAUCAGGAUAUGGUGACUGAAAUUGCAGGCUUACUGACUGAGAAACAGGAGAAUUAUGCCCUGUUGAGAGCUUUUCAAAAGUUUGUGCGUCCUCAUCACAAAAAGGACUUUAAUCAACUGUGUGUGGAUUUGACGGGUGAAAGCUGUACCAAGAAAACCCUGUGCCCCCCUCCAGCCGAUUCCGAUAAGCCGUCUUCCUUGCAAAAUACAGACACAACCAUUGAAACUAUAGCGCCAAACCAAGACUGCCACCUUGAAGGGGAACCUUCAGGAUCCUCACUUGGAUCGAGACCCUGUGAUACCACAAGCUCACAGAAACCAUCCAUAGGCACCACAACAAUCAGAGUGACCAGACCAGAUACUUUACUCCCUCCUUAUGUGCUUAAGACAGACGGCCCAGUCUGCCCUCGCUGUAAUAAGAAAGGUUUGGCUCCCUUUAAAUGUUUAUCAUGUGACUACUACUGCUGUGGAGCAUGCUGGAAAGAGCUCCUAAAGAGAGCUAAAGUUUGUCCCGCUUGCAAUAACAGAACCAAAAAGAAGUAUCUGGGUCAGAUAUUUUUCACGGCACAGCUGUAGGAGCAGAGAAAACUUAACUUUGCCUCAUAUCUUCGUUGUGUUUUGCAGUCGCUCUGGACAGCACCCUUCAAAAUACUCUCUGCGUAAUACAUUGGUUUUGGCCUACACAAACUCCAAUGUAAAAUUUAAAAAAGAAAACUGUAUCAAGUAUGUAUUCUCAUGAACAUAAAAAUUAAGCUGAAGAUUGGGUAACAAUGCACAGCACAAAAUGAGAUCUAUUUUAUCUUAACGUUCCAUAGUUUCCAGCAUCAAGAGUGUUUGAUUAACAUGUUGGCACAGUAAAUACUGCUGAUCCGAGUAAUGGAACAUACUACAUAUAAACUGUGUUGGUGUAAAGGCAUGGUUUCACAAAAUAAUUAUAUUUAUUUGACAAAACUAUUUUAUAAGACUGAAUUUAGAACACUUGUAUAUUUAUCAAGUCAAAACCAGCCAGUGAUAUCCCUCAAAGGUUCUACUUGUUAAACAAUAGGAUUUAAAAAAAGUUUUUAUUUUUUUUAUUAAAUGCCAUCAGUAUUUUGCAUCUGUAUAUAUAUUUUAU